CUUGUCCUCGGAUCACGAGGGAGCGAGAGAAAAACGACAGCGCGUAAAGGAAACAGACCCAACCGGAGGCAGUGUGAUAUGAACGAAUUGAGCUCCUAGAUACCGUAGCCUACAUGCAGAGAGCGAGAGAGAGAGCUGCUAGGCAGAACAGUGAAUAAUUGGUUAAUUAGCUGUUAGUAGCGGUGUUGUUCGUGCAAGGCCGAGGAACUGAUAAUAGCAAGGACAACAAAGACACGUUAACGAGCUCGCUUCAAUUGGCCGCGGAGCUACCUCGCACCGAUUCCGGGACAGGAGAGACACCAGACAGUCAGAAGAUGGAGGGAAUGGCAUACGGAGCCGGGAAGGCAGGAGGAGCCUUCGACCCUAUCACAUUCGUCCAGCAGCCUCACACAAUUCUCCGAAUAGUGUCUUGGCUCUUUGCCAUCGUCAUCUUCGGCAGCAUCGCCAACGAGGGCUACGUCAACCGGCCCGACGAGGUGGAGGAGCACUGCAUCUUCAACCGCAACGAGAACGCGUGCAACUACGCGGUCAGCAUGGGCACCAUGGCCUUCGUCUCCUGCCUGGCCUUCCUGGCGCUGGACAUCUACUUCCCCCAGAUCAGCAGCGUCAAGGACCGCAAGAAGGCCGUGCUGGCCGACGUCGGCGUCUCCGCCUUCUGGUCGUUCAUGUGGUUCGUAGGCUUCUGUCUGAUGGCCAACCAAUGGCAGGUGGCCAAGCUGGAGGACAACCCCUUGCGUGAGGGAGGAGACGCUGCCCGCGCCGCCAUCACCUUCUCCUUCUUCUCCAUCUUCACCUGGGCGGCUCUGUCCUUCCUGGCCUACAAGCGCUACCUGCUGGGCGCCGACUCGGCCCUGUUCUCCACCGAGUACACCGACCCCAGCCAGGACGCCGCCGCCGCCCCCUACAGCGCCUUCUCCGCCGGGGACGACCUGGGCAGCCCCGCCACCGGCACCGGCACCACCGCCCAGCAGGCCAACAGCACCGACGCCUUCGACGGCACCGCCGGCUACCAGCGCCAGGACUACUAACCUCCGGCGCCCG